GGGGCGCCGACUGCCCACGCCGCUCCUGGGGCGGGGCCUCCCGCCGGCCGGCAGGGGGCGCGCGCCUGGCGAAGAAGCGACGCUUUCAUGGAGGGGGCGGAGGCGGAAGCGCGGGAGGGGGCCGCUGUGGCCCGGGACCUGCUGGCCUUGGGGUAUGAGGGCUUCUCGGGGGCCCAGUCGCUGGGCGCCUCGUGUCCACACUUCAGGGCGCUGUGCGCGCGGCUGGCGGCGGAGCUGGCGACUCUGGGCGCCCUGGAGCGGGAGCGAGGGGAGAGCGCGGAGGCGCUGAGGGCCGGCGACGGCCCCGGCGAGGAGGACGAAUUCCUGCGACAGUUGGCCGGCCUGCUGCGGGAGUUGCACUGCCCGGACCGCGCGCUCUGCGGCGGGGAUGGCGCGGCGGCGCUGCGGGAACCCGGCGCCUCCCUGCGCCUGCUGCGUUUUCUCUGCUCGGAGCUCCAGGCUGCCCGCCUCCUUCGUCUGUACCCCCGGCUGGAUCCCAGCCCCGCACCGCUCUGUGGGGAAGGGGCAGAGGAGGGAGCUGGCAUGGUUCAGGAACUGGUCCUUACCCUCCAGGCUCUGGGGCUACCCAGACCGACGCCUGGGACCGCCGCCAGCCGGCUGCUGUGGCAGUUGCAUGACAAGAUCUCUGAGCUGCUGCCUUCCCUGCCCCCAGGGUUCCUGCAGCCCCUUCUCAGCUUCCCGCUGGAUGCACCCAGAUGGGAGGCAUUGGAGUCUCUGUGCCAAAGGCUGGGAGAUCAGUACUGCUGCCGCCGCUGCCUUCUCCUGAAACGCCUGGACCUCACAGCAUCUUCUUUCCACUGGAGUGAUCGGGCAGAGGUGUGGGACAAGGACUUUGGCAGGAGCAGGGAGGCCCAGUUGUGGGGGCUACCACCACAGGAAGGAAGAACAAGGGCCAGGAAUAUGACCUUACAGCAGGCCCAAGGAGAAGCCAUGAAGGCAGUCCUGAUCCCAAUUCGAGAAGCUCUGACCCCAGAAUCAGAUGUUUCCAUUGCACACAUCCUGGCUGCCCGAGCGGACCUGUCUCGUCUUGUCCCAGCCACCAGCAAGGCUGCCCGCCGAGGGACCUGCUGUGCCAUCAACAAGUCUGAUCAACUCUCAGGUGCUUAUGGGCAACGUGCCAGAUCGGGGGGGCCGUCCAAAUGAGCUGGAGGCUCCCAUGCCCAGCUGGCAGAGCAGAAGAGAGGACGGAGGUGGGCGGAAGGCAGGCCGCCAGAACUGGGGUCGCAAGAAGAAGAAGAAGUAAAGGGGGACUGGUGGUUGGGAGGGGGGUCUUCUGUGACAUGCUGAUGCCAUUGGUAAUUCUUGGGGAGUCACUUUCAGUUUCUCUUGGCAUCUGGCUCCCAGGCCCCACAUCCCCUGCUCUUAAGGUCCCAAAUGUCCUCCCCCCAUCCACCACUCAACAACAAGGACCAUGUUCUCUGGAAAAUAAAUUUAAUUUAUGACA